AUGAGUGUGUCUCUGGCUCCCGGGCGUAGCUCAUUUUUUCUUAGGCCAUGGCAGAGUGUGAAUCAGUUCGGCCAGUCACCGCAACCGCAUCCAACUGCAACUACUGAAGGGCGCAAUGACUACGUGAAAUGUCAGUUGCAGGAAUCAAAUAUGUUCAAGGUGGUCAUCGACGGAGAUGACGGCGGAGUGGAUUUGCGCAAGGUGUACAAACGUCUCGAUCUUGCCAUCGACAUGAGGACCCAGUAUAAGAAGUCUAACGAGGUCUCACAUUUGUCAGCAAAUCUGAAGCAUGUAUCUAUUUCACAGGAGGAUGGUGUUUAUCGUGCCUCUUGCAGGGAUGUGUCAAUUGUGUGUUCACAACCGUGGAAAAAGUUUGUCAAGGAUGUGCAGCAGCUGAAACUGACUGUCGGGAAUACAACAUGCAUUAAAGCUUGUUCGCACCGGCUGAACAUUAUACAGGAGCGGUCUAGGAUGUUUUUCCUUCUUAAUGCCGAUAUUGAGGAAAGACAUAGCUUUAGCAAGGCCGGUGGGGUCUUUUCCAACGUCACGAAGGUAGAUAAUUGUGUUCUCCUGUCACGAUUCCCUGAUGGUCAGGAGCUGUUGGACUUCAUCCAAGAUUGGUAUCGCCACACCCCUGAUGCCCCGAUUCGCUUGCGCGACGGAUCCAACUCCACUUUGAGGGAACUGUUCCAAGCUAAUGGCGUGGAGGAUCCCACACGUCUGACUGUCGAGGGCCUGGGGUGGCAAUUAUAUCAUGGAAAUUAUGAUAAAGACGAUCGUAAACGUGACAAUAAACCACUCAGUGCGGAACUGCGGUACAGCUUUCUUCACCUUCGGGGUUCCUGCACGGCGCGCUUUCUUCAGCGUCGGAUGCAGAGGGAGGAACAGCGGACAUAUAAUGUACAAGCGACGGAGUACUCUAUUCCAGUGUAUGCAACCUACCCUGGAGAGUUGUUCGAUAUUGCAGAGGCACUACAUGGGCAGAACAUUGGACCCUACAAAAAUAAUAUGUGGAUCCUGGAGCUCCGUUUGAAGCACGAGGUUCCUUCCGGGGUGAACUACGCGGUUGAAUGCAAAACAAUCCAAGACCAGCUUGAUAACCUUUUUCUGCCGCUCUUCAAGGCCACAUUACAACCAUCAACACAAAAGUAUUCCUCUCUUGUUUGGCUGUUAAAGCAGCUUGGUGGCUUUCAAGUUGAGGCCGUGUCUACCGGUGUUGAGGCGGAUUUGGACGUGGAAUCACCUGUACCAAGCGAUAUUAACUAUGAAGACAAGCCGAAUGGAUUGUAUUACGUGUAUUACAUCUAUGCAAACAUGAAGGUUCUGAAUGAUCUUAGAAAAAUGAGGGGGCUCAACACUUUCCAACUCCGCAUUAGUGGCACUCACCAGAAUUGUGUGAACGCGCUUCUGGCUGGAUAUUUGCUAGGGGACGUGAUUACGCGAGCCACGAGAAUUAUGGAUUACCCCGUGUUGCAAUAUCUUUGCGGUCUCCACGGCGUUGGUCUUACUGUCAGUCCCCUUCACGAUCAUGUGCGCGGUGUCACUCCAUACCAGAAGCAUCCCCUUCCUAACUUUCUACACCGCUGCCUCAAGGUGGCGAUAAGUACACAUGCGCCCCUUUACUUUCAUCACAGUAUGACGCCAUUGAUAGAGGAAUAUGGAACUGCAAUGAAUUUAUUUCGUUUGAGUUUCCUAGAUGUUACGGAGCUAGCACGAAACAGUGUCAUAAUGUCUUCCUUUCCAUCGGAGCGGAAGAAGGAAUGGCUUGGGCAGCGGUAUCAUCGGGGUGUCGACGGUAACGAGUUUGAAAAGAGUCAGGUGACAAACGUGCGUCUCGCAUUUCGUGAAGAAUCGUGGGAGCUAGAACAUAGUUUGCUUCGUGACUUGCGCCUCAACCAAUUGUCACCACAGGAGGUUGCCGGCCCUUCACGGUGGUACUACCUGAGUCGCGUGAAGGAAGUGGAAUACGACACUGUCUUGGACAUGCGCAUUCGUUUUCCCCGUACGGUACUAAGUGGACCACUAAAGGAAGUGAAAUCAGCGGUCGCCGCCGCCCCUCACGUCGCGCGGGCGCUAGAUUUGCGUUUUAAGUACAUAUGGGAACCGCCUAAUCCAUGGGAAACAACCUCGGAGCGUACAGUCGAAGCCGACUUCCGGAGGAAAACAGAUAGUUUCAAUGAAGAUGACUGGACAUAUGCCGCUAGUGACGCAGUUUUCAUUUCGUUCCCAAAGAAUGUCGUCCACGCGUGGCCUCGGCAUGUUCCCACACUGGAGGCCUUUAAUAGUGAUUUGGCUGAACUUCAUGGAAUUUGUUCACGCCCAGAGGUGAAGGACUUUGCGCACCAACGGUUGGAAAAUCUUGAGCACAAGUUUCGUCUACACCUUGCCCUCAACCACGCCAACGAGGCAGGGACGACGGAAGAGCGUACAUCAUCAAACCGAGACAUUUAUCAAGCGGUUAAGGUGGAUACGCACAUUCACAUGGCGGCUGGAAUGACCGGUAGACAACUUCUGAAUUUCGUAGUGAAGAAGCUUGUCUACAGUGGUGACGAUAUCGCCUUUAAGAAGGGCGAUACAAUCCUCACACUCGCCCAGUUCUUUAAGAACAACGGUAUCACACCGAAUCUGACAGUUGAUCAGCUUAAUGUUCAGGCGGACCACACAUUGUUCGAGCGGUUUGACAAUUUCAAUAAUAAAUAUAAUCCUCUUGAAUCACCUGACAUGCGUUCGCUACUGCUCAAAACGGACAACUUUAUGAAAGGGCGGUAUUUUGCUGAGUUGAUUCAUGACGUGUUUGCUCAAUACUCAAGAGAUCGACAUACGUAUGCUGAGAAUCGUGUCUCGAUUUAUGGGACCAACGUCAAGGAAUGGGAUAGCCUUGCUCUCUGGUUCUCUACACACGGUAUGUCUUCACAACACAACAAAUGGAUCAUCCAGGUUCCACGUGUUUACAAGGUGUUCCGUGCCCAAAAUAUCAUCGGCAGUUUCGGCCAGUACCUUCAGAAUAUCUUCCAGCCGCUUUGGGAGGCAUCUUUGCACCCGUCGCAGCAUCCACUGGUGCAUAAUUUCUUGAACCAUGUGAGCGGUUUUGAUUCUGUCGACAACGAAGCAACGAUAGACACACCUUUCACCGUGGUAUCCCCAUGGGCGUGGACGUCCGUCGAAAAUCCCUCCUACGACUACUAUCUAUACUACUUGUAUGCCAACAUCCGCACACUCAAUGAGUUCCGCGCCUCGCGUGGCUUUUCGACAUUUGCCCUGCGGCCGCACUGUGGAGAAUCUGGAUCCGUUGGCCACCUCUAUGGGGCGUUUCUCUGCGCCAAUAGCAUAUGCCACGGCAUCAAUCUUCGUAAGGAUCCUCCUAUGCAGUACUUGUACUAUCUUUCGCGGAUUGGUUUGCACGUUUCGCCGCUGAGCAACAACGCGCUUUUUUUGAGGUUUUUGAACAAUCCGUUCCCAGAAUUUUUUAGACGCGGACUGAAUGUUUCACUUAGUACCGAUGAUCCGAUGAUGUUUCACCAGACGCAAGAACCACUUAUCGAAGAAUACAGCGUUGCGGCACGGGUGUGGGGUUUAUCCCCGAAUGAUCUAUGUGAAAUCGCGCGCAACUCCGUGCUUCAGUGUGGGUUUGAUUAUACGUUUAAGCGAGAGGCGAUCGGUGAUUGUUGGUAUAUGAGCUCGUCUCUUGGAAAUGACCCCCUGCGGACGCAUCUUUCCGACAUCCGUGUUGCCUUCCGAUUUGAGACGUACCAUACAGAGAUGCAGAUGCUUGAGUUAUGCUCCGGUCGGCCCAUCAAACGCUGUAUGCUCACGACUCAUCAGGAGGAGGAAAUCAAUGAGAUGAACGUUGGCAUUGAUGCCGAUGAGGUUAUACUGUCGACCCACGACCAGGCCAUGGAAAUGUUACUCCGCGAUAUAGAGUCAACGCGAGAAAGUCUUCGCGUCAAACGUCUUGAUGCGGAUGCUCUCCGUCGACAACAACGGCAUUUGGUCGAGAAUCUCGUUGAGGUGGGCGCCCGAAGACAAUCCGCAAUGGAGGCAGUCGAGCGCGAAAAUAGGGCGAAGUCGCUGAGGUACCCGCGGGGAGUACCACCCGUGCCGGAUACCGAAUUCAUGACAGCGGAGCGGGAGACAGUCAAACGACUUUUGCGAUGGCGCCCAAUGCCGCCAGGAGUGCUCAGGCAUGUGCGUGUUGAGGAUGUGCCGAAGAAGGGUGGGCGGGAACUUCCCUCGUUACCUCCUCUGCACCGAUAG